UAAUUAUACCGACUACCGAACCGAAAAAAUAUUAUAAUUUUCGAGAAGUAAAACGUCUCACACAAUUAAUUUGUUUAAAUAUUGUUACGUUACAAUAUAAUUUUCCAAGAAAUCAUUACUCAUCCUACGUUUACACAAUUGCUUGCACACUUUUGUACAAAAUUCUUUUCAUUCCUUCGUAAUGGAUAUGCUUGGUGUAUCUGAAGAAAAGAGGCAGGUGCCGAAAAUGUUACAAAAUAUCCUGAGAUAUGAUGUUCAAGUCACCAAGAAGUUUGUGGAAAUGGCCCUGAAGACAUCUCCGUUACGAUCACUUCGUAAUCAUGCAAAACUUUUGGAGGUCUCCUGCCAUGGCAUUGUCUGGCUGGCUGGAUGGCUCUCAUUUAUUUGGUUAUUCAAUAACAAAGAGCUUUAUCAAAUACAAGUCAAUAUGUUAAUUGCAUUAAUUCUAGAUAUCAUAGUCAUCGCAGUCAUUAAAGCGUUUGUGAGAAGACGAAGACCGGUCCCAAUGAACAAACUCACAGAAAUAGGGCCCGACAAAUAUUCAUUUCCCUCCGGACAUGCUAGCAGGGCCACGUUGAUUGCAUUUAUUCUGAUGUACCAGGAUCCCAUUUCGUUCAUAUUCUACCCCCCUCUUCUUGCUUGGGUAACGUCUGUGGCGUUGUCCAGAAUUCUGCUGGAGAGGCAUUAUAUUCUGGAUGUACUGGGUGGCUUUGGAAUAGGCAUUUUAGAAGGACUUGUAAUGUGCAUAGUAUGGUUCUCUCAGAGCACAUCUUCAAGCAUUUUGGCCUCACUUUCUGAUGAGAAACGCGAUGGAGGAGAAUUUCACGUUUAGAUUUAGUACAAAAGCACUUUACGUUGAAAUGAAAUGAAAAUGAAUGAAAUGAGCAUUAUGUUUGAUAACUUAUAAAAAAGUUCAAUGCAGUGUCUUAAAUCUAUGAGUGUAAUAUGUUGUAUCUUUAAAUAAUACUUAACUUCUGUUAUUGCAUUUGGAAGCUAACUUUAGUGUUGUUAAAACCCCAGUAAAUUAUAAAAGUGUUGUGAUCCUAUUAAUAUAAAACAAAACAGUUAGUUCCCUAGUCAUAUUUAACGUUAUUUGUUGCUUCAUACUGUAAUUAAUAUAUCUGACGAUUGUAAUUUGUUUGAUAACAUAGUUAUGUAUUUAAUUAUAUGAAUAAAAUAUUUUAUUGUGCAUUAUUAUUAUACUGUUUUAUUUAUAGGAGUAGGAGUCUCACUAAUACACUUCAAAGCUAGAAAUCAUAAAGUAAUAUAGUUGAAACUAGAAAUAUUAUCCUUACAUACUUAAUGGACUUUAUGACCUUAUUGUAUAAAUGGAAAAUAAGAUUAUUAGAUUGUCUUUAUUAUUAUUCUGUAUACCUAAUGGCUUCAAUGGUGCGAAUCUUGUCUCCAUUACAUUUACACCCCUCGAUGGAAUUUAAUUGACAGGUGACAGAAAAAUUUACAUUUAAACGGCACGGUAAAAUAAUCGAAUUUGACAGUUGACGUGGAUGGUCUUCAGUGGUUUGUGUUUAUUUCGAAUUAAUGAAAAAAAUACAUGAAAUUGAGUAAUUAUUAAGUCACAAAUUACAUUAAUUAACGCUUAUUGUUAACAGUUUCUUUGCGGCGUUUCGGCUUUGAGUUCAACCAUGAGAAAGCUAAAAGGAGCAGUCAAGGAAACAGCCAAACAGAAACGAGAGAGGAAACAAGAAUUCGCUAAAAUGCGACAGCAAAUCAACACGAUAGUUUUACCAACUUUUGGAGUUAUUUUCUUACUCAUCUGUACAUACGUGUAUUUCAAAACCAGACCAACCUCGAUGCAAUAUGCAUAACACAGAUAAUUUCAGGCUUUUUAAUAUAAAUUAAUAAAACAUUUGAUAAGGACUAAAACUGGGAAAUAUUUAAGUAUAAGGUUGUGAACUGAUUCUGAUGCAGAAUGGUAAAGGAAUGUGCCAGAACAUGACCAUCUUUGAUAUGAUUCUUCAAUAGGUAGUAUAUCUUGCAUGUCAGAUUUUAUUUAAAUGCAAAUUUUUACCUAUAUACCUACAACAUUCCAUCAUAGUAACAUAUCAAAUUGAAUGUAAAUAAUAGAUUAUAAAUAUAUUUAUAUACCUA